UCCCCUCUGCCCGUCUGGGAGUCUGCUGCACCUGCCUCAGUAACCAGCCCUGCUGGCACCGCCACAGAGUGGCCUGGCGCUGGCCAUGGUGAACACGGGACAUACAGGACACCAAUGGUCCUCAGCAGCCUGAAAGGCAUCUUCUUGUCCAGCACUGAUGCCCUAGCAUCAGACAUGUCUAGAAAAAGCAAGAUGGAUCGUAAUGAUGAGAGAAUCAAAAGAGCUUUAAGGCGCCGCCCUUAUGUGUUGAAUCCAGUGAGGGUGAACACCCCUGAUUCUGUGUUGUGGCCAACCGGCAAGGUGCGCAGAAGGCCAAAGCCUUCUACUUCAGUGCAGACCACUAAGAUCCACAAAAGGCCUCCAAUCAUUGUGAGCUGUGGGCAGGACCAGACAUCUGGGGAUGGAUGGAAUAUCAAUCCAGAGCCUCUCAGCCAGUCUGGAAGGGUGACUCGGCUGAUAGAGAAAAAUUAUGAUGAGGUGAUCUCGUCCUCCAACUCCGAUGACUUUUCCAUCGACUCCUUUACUGACUGUGAAUCUGAGUGUGAUGAUGAGGAUCAUGGAAGGAGGACACCACUGCUGAAAGUUAAGGAUGAGGAGGAUGGAAAGGUGACAAAGCUUGAAGUGAGGGAUAUGGUAGAGGACGACGAUCUGUCUCUCCACUCCUUCGAUGAGUCAGACUUCCUGCGUGAUGAUGGCAAUGAUGCCUCUACUGACGACUUUCCAGAGCCUCCAAAGGAACCACAAGUUCCACUGAAGGACCAUCAACUGAUUAUUCGCCUGGCCCCCAUCACCAACCUGAGUGAGACUGGCAGGAAGCUGCUCCAAGAAAUGGCGCAGGAAAUGGCAGGAGUGGCCCCACAGGAAGGGAAGAUCAAUAAGAAAAAGAAGGGCAAGGCCAAAAAACGAGUGAAGCAAGAGAAGGCCAAUAAGAUGCAACAGAUAGAAAAUGUUGGAGAAAGUAAGGAGGAGGACAAGAAAGAGGAAAAGAAGAGUCUGAGGAAGAGGUUUCUUCAGUGGCUGCUGCCCAAACUGAGAUGUUCAAAGAAAUAAUGGCCAACUAUUACUCCUACUACCACACACACACACAUUAUUUUGCUAAUUUUCACCCCAGUAUCUCUAUUUGCACAUCAUCUUUUGCACA